AUGGAGUCUCCCGGUAAUUUGGAAAACCCGGACUGGAUUUUUUCCCGGAGUACGGAAUGGAGUCUCCCGGUAAUCUGGAAAACCCGGACUGGACUUUUCCCGGAGUACGGAAUGGAGUCUCCCGGUAAUUUGGAAAACCCGGACUGGAUUUUUCCCGGAUGGAUGGGUUCUUACCAGUCAGACAGUCUGCAGCCUCUGAAGAGAACAAAAAGAACCUGGGUUAUCACCACCAUUGAUAUUCAAGAGGAAGACCAAGGACCAUUCCCCAGAUAUGCUGGACAGCUGUUCAAUAAUAGAUCAUACAACACGUCACUGAGGUAUUUAAUCAGUGGACCUGGGGUGGAUGAGGCUCCAGAGGUCGGAUUGUUUUCCAUAGAAGAUGACGCCGAUGGACACUUGUACGUCCAUCGCACCAUCGACAGGGAGAGGACUCCAACCUUCCAGAUUCGUUUUGAUAUUGAGAACAGAAAAUCUGGUGAGCUGCUGGACCGCCCUAUAUUUUUCAAGAUAAAGAUUAAAGAUAUCAAUGACAAUGCACCUGAGUUUUCCAUGGAAGAAUAUGGCACUACAAUAAGAGAGAACCACAGUAAAGAUGAGCCGGUUAUCCAAGUCACAGCCCUGGACAAAGAUGAAGUGGGCACUGUGAACUCACAGGUGUCCUAUUCUAUAAGUAUGCAAUUGCCCUCUCCAGAUGGACUCACAUUUCACAUUGAUCCAACCACAGGAUCAGUAUUUCUGUCAGGAUGCCUGGAUUAUAAGGCUGCCAACUCUUUCAACCUUCUGAUUAAAGCCAGUGACCAUGGAAGUCCCCAGCUGUCAUCUACUGCAACAGUGACUGUCGCUGUUGAAGAUGCAAACAAUCACCUCCCUGCAUUUACUAGUGAUAAUUACCAUCUGCAGAUUUCAGCAGGAGAAGAACAUCCAGCUGUGUUACGGCUCCAAGUGGAAGAUAAAGACUCUCCCAACACUCCAGCAUGGAGAGCAAAAUACAAAAUAAUAAAGGGCAAUGAGGAGGAGCAGUUCACCAUUGAGACAGAUCCAGCCACAAAUGAAGGCAUUUUGAGUGUUAUCAAGCCUCUCAGCUAUGAAGGUGACCCCAAGAUGAGACUUGUCAUUUCUGUAGCAAAUGAAGAACCUUUCUUCUGGUGUAAAAAUGGCACUGUGGUGAUCUCUGAUCUGGAAUCCACAAACACCACUGUGAGCAUCGAGGUCUUACAGUCACAACGUGCUCCAAGGUUUCAUCCUCCUAUCCUUAUUGUCCAAAAGGAGGAUUCAAUGAAGCCUGGGAGGAUAUUUAGAAAGUAUCCUGCCACAUAUCCAGAUGAUGUGCCAAAUAAGAUAAAAUAUGAACUAGCCAGUGACCCAGAUGGUUGGCUGAGAGUGGAUGAGAACUCUGGUGUCCUUACUGUGGCAAAAGAAUUUGAUCAAGAAUCCCCCUUCUUGAACAACAGCGUGUACACAAUUAUUGUUCAUGCUACUGAUCAAGGCAAGCCCCCACAGACUGGUACUGGCACCAUCCUGCUUUACUUGUCUGACAUUGAUGAUCAUUUGCCAUCAUUGGUGGCUCCUGCUUUAGAUGUGUGUGACAAAACAGAAGGGACACCUCUCCUUAUAGAAGCCAAGUCUGCUCUGGCCCAUUCCCACUCAGGGCCAUUUACAUUUGAGCUGGCUGAGGACUCUGAAGAUGAGAAGCGUAACUGGACAUUAGGAAGGAACUUUGGGCAGUCAGUUGAACUUCUGAUGUUAAGAAGCCUCCCACAAGGCAGCUACUUGGUGCCCAUCAUUAUUCAGGACAGGCAAGGAUUUUCCAGAAGGCAGAGCCAGCACAUCAGGCUCUGUUUUUGUGCAGAUGGACACACAUUAUCCAGCAUCAUGCUCUGCCGGUGUUACUGGUCAGGGGCUAAAAGCAAAGCCAUUGCUGCACCCCAGGAAGGUGAACAGACUUUAAUCACCUACAAUGAAGAGAGCAGAAGUGCUUUUUCUGAGGCUGGGCUGGAUAUUACACACAGAGCCACUCCAACACCUGUGUCUGUGGAGGCUGGAAAAGAAGUGAUUGCUGAGAAUGGCUGCUUCACUGGGUACGAGACAUCCCAAGCCAGACACCUGGACUGCUUCAUACAGACAGUGGGCAGAGCACUGGCUCAGAAAGUGUAUUACCAAAGCACACUGGAAGAUUCCGGGGACAUGUGUGAACCUUGCAGAUACACUGAGGAAGGAGAAUUAGAGCCCAGUAACUCCCCCUGCUCCAUCUCCAUUAGCAGUGAGGACCUGCCUGAUGAUUUCUUGAACACUCUGGGACCAAUGUUUUGUGCUCUGGAAGAGAUCUGUCAGAAGUGA